CACUGAGGGUUUGACUGACGGCAGCGUUCACACGCUCCUCAUACCUGACAGAUUUUUCGCGCGCGUGCGGUCCACACCGGAGGAUAAUGUGGAGGGUUUUGAUCCUGCUGGCUGCGUCUCUCGGUGUGGAGUCGUACACUGUCCAGGACUCCUAUGAGCGUCUGACCCACGGCAGCCAGCUGAAGAUCUACCUCUCUGUUAGUGCAGAGAAGAUGGAGUUCAUCUCAGCCGAUAAUCCCACCUCAACCUUUGUGCUCUGGGAGAAGUUCAGACAGAGGGUAAGCAGAGGCAGGGUGUCGGGCACCGGCAGCGACAGGCGCUUUUACAUCGACAAGGUGACCUAUGAAGACCGAGGAACGUACAUCCAGAAAAACUUCUGGAAUAAAGAGAUCUCUUCUGUCAAUGUGGAAGUGACACCCAGACAGAAUUAUGUGAAGUGCGUCGCAGGAGAGAGUCUCUACAUCUCCCUGGAGGGCGUGGACCAGGCCGACGCAAACCUCUUCUUCUCCGGACCGGCUGCCAACGUGACUCUGGUCCGUGAUGGUGCUCGCGUGUCCCAGGACCUUCCAGAUUACUGGGACCGGGUUCAGGCCAACUCCAUGAACAUUGAGAUCCGACAUGUGAACUACAGCGAUGAGGGACAGUACACCCUGAGAGACCGGAAGGACAGAGUGGUAUCUGUGACCAGGAUGGACCUGACAGACCACCACGAGUACACAUCAGGAAGCCCUCUAAUAGCUCUGCUCCUACUGCUGGGAAUUCCGACUGGGAUCUGCUGCUGCUGUCGGAAGAAGAUCUUCAAGAAGAAAGCCCCAACGUCUGCUACCCUCCAGACCUCCUCAGAAAUGGUCCAUGUUCCUCCCAGUGGUCCUGUUGGACCUUGUCCUCCCUACAGUAGCCCCGGAGAACCAGGACUGGUGAACUACUAUGACCCAAACUCUAACAUGGGUCCCACAGUCUACCCUCCACCUCCUAAUACUGGUCCAGCAGCAGGGGGCGGCUUCCCACCUUCUCCGGGUUUCAACCCAGCCUACCCUCCCCCGAACCCUUCCUAUCCUCCUCCUGGUCCUGCUAUGGCCUUCCCUGCACAGCCUCAACAGUGGGGUUACCAACCACAGGACCAGUACCCCCCUGCACCUGUAGGCCCAAUGGGUUAUGCUCCAGUCACAUCCAGCUAUCCUCCACCUACAGAAGCCACUGAAUCUGGACAGGUGAUGAAGAGGGAGGAAAAAGCUUCAUCACCGGCUGAUCCUCUGCUGACUGCUGCUCCACAGGGUGGCACUGCUGCAGAGCCUGGACCUCCCCACUUCAACGCUGCUCUCAGCUCCUCUGAUGGGGGUGCUUAUCAGUUCCAGAUCGACAAGAACGCCAGCAACUUCCUGUAGAUGCUCCGUCCUCACUCUGACGCACAGCGACGACUUCUCUGCUGCUUCACAUCACAGAACUGGCUCAGGUGGAUGCGUUCAGUCCAGCUGGUUUAUGGACAGAUUCUUCUGUCUUUAAUCCAGAGCUGCAUCCUCCUACUCAAAAAGUCUCUGCUGGUGUGUUAAUAAGUUUUGCUUCAUCUCCAACCUGUUUUUACUCUUGAAUACGAUGCUGCAUACAAAUCUAAAUCUCCCAAUACUGUGAGUUUCUGGGACACUGAAAUACCUCUAACAGAGGUGAAGCAGAACAUUUUCACACACCAGCAGAGACGUUUUGAGUCUGCAAGCUUGGAGAGAGAAUAGUGAAAACAUUGUCCAAAGGUUUUGGAUUAAAGACAGUAAAAUGUCUCCAUACUCUGACACCUGACAGAAUGUAAGCAAAUCCAAUACCAAACCAGUUCAGUUUAGCUCUAUUCACACGGAGUCAGCUCUUGAAAAACAGCCUUACCUCGGAAACCAACCAACAGAUGGAACUGAAUCUUCUCUCCGAUUCAGUCCUGACUGCACGUCUGGGUGAGCGACAGAACUGGAACCACAUGAAGCCCAGUUCUGGACCAGUUUCCUUGUCAGCAUGUUGUACAAAGUUUAGCAGCUUCAGGUUUUUUUGUUUUUUUCUUUAGCAUUGGUGAAUAAAACUUAGAAAUGUUCUGUUUGGGUUUCCUGGGCUCAACACUGUGGUGCCUUCCUAUCUGCUGUAUGUAGACUUUUGUAUUUUAGGUUUUAGGAGUUUGUGUUCUGCAGAGACAUUCCUCACAUGUAACACUAAUGAUGUAGAACUGAAGUACAUAUGUAGAUCGUAACAGGAUGUUUUUAUUGUUUCUAUGUAACUGGAGCCAAAUGUCUGCAGGUUUUGAUGUAAGUGACGUGUUGUUGUUCCACUUUGUUAAAUUUUCCUCAUCCAUCAGUUUUUGACAAAUACAGUCUGGAUCUCCGA